GAAACACUACUAAUCAUUUAGCAAGAUGUGGGAUAUCAGAUAAGGUGUCGGUAUUCGUUACUGCCAGAAAGAACAUAGAGAAUGUUUCAAACUGCCAUUUGUAUAACAGUUUCACAGGGUUUAAUUGGUGAAACCUUGGCCAUUGAAACAUGAAGAAUCACGUGCCAGCUUCAACUUAGGUUGUACCUGACUGAUGUUUGAGGUGUUUCCCGAAAGGACAUUCGAUUUGGUCACUCAGGACGUUAUUAUGCAUUUUUUGGAAUCGAAAUCAGUAGCAGUUAUGCUGCAGUUUUCUUGUUUCAUCGUGGAAAGUGAUGGAAAGUGACUAAUAAUCUCUUGGAUGUACCAAUUACAUGCACUAUGAGUCAGGCAGAAUGGUUGGAGUUGGAAAGCGAUCCUGGAUUGUUUACUUUACUUUUAGAAGAUUUUGGAGUUCAAGGUGUUCAGGUCGAAGAGAUUUAUGAUUUAUCAAAACCAAUCACCGAAAUUGUUUAUGGUUUUAUAUUUUUAUUUCAUUGGAAUAAAGCUAAGAAAAAGCCUUGUCGGCGUUCUGGUCGAGGUUCAACUGGAUCCGUAACGAAUACAGUCUCCCCAAAUUCCCAUACAUCUGUUUCUAAUUGUGAUAAUGCACGCUCGAAUUCAGUUACUCCAAAAAAUGGAAAUAAUAAUAAUAACAAUAGUAGUAAUAAUUCUCGUCAUCGAUCAGCAUCUGGUUCAGGUCAAGAAAUCCACGGUACGCCUGAAGCUGCUAAAUUUAUUGAUGGAAUAUCAGAAUGCAAGUCCACUAUAUCUCAAGCUCCAGACAAAACAGAAAUCUUUUUUGCCCAUCAAGUUGUCCAGAAUUCUUGUGCUACACAUGCCUUAUUAAGUAUCUUGUUAAACAGACCUGAGAUAAAUAUAGGACAUAUGUUGGAGGAAUUUCAUAAAGCUACGCGUCAUUUAUCCCCAGAAGCUAAAGGUCUAGCUAUUGGUAGUAUGCCACAACUUGCUCAAGCACACAAUCGACAUGCUGCAAAACCUCCAACAGUUUAUAAAGAUGAAGUUACAUCAUGCGAAAUAACACUGCCUGAACCAAGUGAAGCUGCAGCAACAGCCGCAGCAAUUGCUAAGGCUAGUGUAGGCGCAGUAAAUUCUAUCAACUCUUCAGAUUCAAGUCCUAGUUUAACUGCUGCUUCUUCUGCUGCUACUACUACAACUUCUAACACGACAGUACCGGAUACAUUUCAUUUUGUUUGUUACAUUCCUAUCGGUGGAUUUUUAUAUGAAUUAGAUGGUCUGACUUCUGAACCAAUUAAUCAUGGUCCAUUAAAAAAUCCAAAUGAUCAGUAUGCUUGGACUGAACAGUGUGCUGAAGUUUUAAAGGAGCGUAUGCAAGAACAAGAUGUUCGGUAUAAUUUACUAGCUGUUGUACCAGAUCGUCGUGUAGCGCUUACAAAACGUAUGCAAAUGUUGAAACGCAAUCGUCAACUUAUUCAAGAUAUCCUGAUUCGUAUGUGUCAAUACGAUCAUACAACUAAAUCUCCACAUUGUUCCAGCAACAACAACAAUGAUAACAUCACUUCUACUGUUACUGCUAAUACUACGACGACGACUUCAGUUGUUGAUCAUAAUCAUUUACAUUAUAAAAUUAAUGGUCAUCACCAUCAUAUUGAAGAGCAGUACAAUUCAAAUCAUUCUCAACAUUGUAUGAAUCAUGACUGUGUUGUUGCGAUUAGUUCCUCCUCCUCCUCGUCGUCGUCGUCAUCAUCAUCAUCUUUGUCUGCGUCUGUAGAACUACGUGAUUCUCCACAUCAAGGAAAAACUUCUAUGACAUGUAUGCAUGAUCACAAUUGUAAUAACAUUAGUCGUAUUAGUAGUAGUAGUAACAUUAUAAAUAAUACUGAUAAAAGCAAAUAUGAAUCACCUGAUGAUUUGGAGAAUUCACAUUCCAUUAAAACUCGUUCAGUUACACGUGCUGCAAAACAAAUAAAUCAUGAUGAGUCAGAAUUAAUUAACAAUAAUAAUAGAUCAAAUAAUCAGAAACGAAAUAAUCUUUCUAUAUCUGAUAAAGUGCAUUCUUCUUCGUCUUUAUCAUCAUCCUCAUCGUCGUCUUCGUCAUCCUCUUCCUCCUCCUCCUCUUCGACUUCUUCUUUCACUCCUAAUGAUUAUAACAAUUGUUGUCGAUUAAAUCGUAAACGUCCAUCUUUUACACUGAAUGAACAUGAAGAUGAUAAUGAUUCAGAUUAUUGGAAUUAUGAACAUAAAAAGCCUCAUCUAUUAAUCUCGUCAUCUUUAUCACACAAUAGUCAUAUCAUCAAUAAUAAGAAUAAUAACAAUGAUAAUAAUAAUAAUAACAACAGCCAAAAUGGAUAUAAGUCACAUUCUGAAGCACAAUAUACAUCGGAUACAAAUAAAAUGAAUAGAAUAUUUGCUUCAUUUAUAUCAGAUAAUUCCUCCUCCUUAUCGUUAACUACAUUCACUACACAAACAACAUCUAAUAAUACAAUGAAUAAACUAUCUCAUUCAUCAUCAUUUACUGAAGAUUGUAAAGAUUCUAAAGAAUGCUUACAAGAUAUUUGUAAUACAACAACAAAUGGAAGCAUUAUUAAGACAGAAGAAGAAAAUUGUGUUGUAGGUGAUAGAAAGGAUUGUAGUUCAUAUGGUGGUAGUCAGAUUACUGAUGGAAUACCAAAAGUAUUAUCACCGUCAUCCGCCUGUUGGACAGAUGUAAAAUCUUCAAAGUUAUUGAUAAAUGAAUCCACAUUCAACGACCGAUCAGAAACAUUUUCGCAUAGACAAGGUACUCCACCAAAAGAACUUACAAAACCUUUGACUAUUGAAACAAAGUUAUGGUGUGAUUCUGUAGAGCAUUUCACUGCAGAAGGCUCAACGAAUUCUGUUACAAAUGAAAUGUAUCCUACUGGUUCAUCAGUUAACUCAUCUGGUGAACUCGGUGCUGGUGGUGGUGGUUCUAGUGCUGUUUUCGACUCUCGUCCUCAAACACGUGCACUGACUAGAGCCUCUAUGAAACAAAACUCGCAUAUCUCUACACCUGUAUCAUCAAAUGAAGAAGGAAUUUCGAAUAAUAAUAAUAAAAUAUCAUCAGGUGGUGUACAGUCGAAUAAAUCCGAUCGAAUGCAUUAUGAUUGCGGUGGCUUGAAUUCAUCCAAUGCAUACAAUGCUGAUGUCUUAUCCAAGGUGAAUUCAUCGACUGAAAAUACUUCUAUUGAUUCAAAUAUGUUGACUCCUUCCACACAUCGAAGUUCUAAGUAUCCAACUAGAUCAUCUACACGAAUGGAUACGCUUGCUUCGCAUAAUUUAGCAAAUCGUCGGUCGAAUCCUGUUCCAAUUCAAAUUAGUAAUAUUAGUCCAUCGAAAAUGAAUAGUACCAAUUCUGUUCAACACACUACGACGAGUACUAUUACUAAUACUACCACCACGAUUAUUAGUAGUAGUACUCUAACUACUCCAACUUAUUUAUCCCCUUUUAUAACAUAUGAUUAUAUAAAAGCAAAACAUUCACCCAGUAUCUAUCCUCCACCACCUUUGAGUAUGGAUGAAUUAAAUAUAUUAUUGGAUAAAAUUGAUGAACAAAUUAAAUUAUGUAUUAGCGCUUUAAUUGAAGAAGAAGAGAAACGUCGUUCCUAUCGUAUAGAUGAUGCUAGACGUGUACAUAAUUAUGAACCAUUUAUACGUGCAUUUCUUACAGCUUUAGCUAGACAUGGAAUGUUAAAAGAUCAAUUAUUAACAGUUAUGCAAUUGAAAAACUCAAAUUCUACUAAUCAAAAUCAUACUUUGUCUACAACACAAGGAGGAUUAGAUAAUUGUAAAAAGUCAAAUGUAAAAAAUACUUCUACUACUACUACUACUAAUACUAAUGCUACUUCUACUGUUGUUAAUACUAGUAAUACUAAACGACAUAUCAUGAAUAAAUCUCAUCCUGAACGUGUUUAUGCAUCAUUCACGAAUACGAGUUCAUCCAUUAAAACUAGAUCUUUUCGUUCAAAUUCUUUAAUAAUGAAUAGAUUAACUCGUGUUAAUUCUUCAUCUACAAACAGUAUGACGAAUAGUCUUCGUGUUCCACAUCAUCAUCAUCAUUAUACCUCUAUAAAUUAUCGUAAAUUACGUACAAGGAAUAGAGAAAAUCCUGUUAGAAAUUUACGUUUACGACGCAAUGGUAGAUGUACCAUUGUAGAUGAAUCAUCAUCACAGACCUCUUCAAUACAAGAAAAAGAAAAAUCCGGUGAUAAUCGACUAUCAAGUGAAUCUUCUACAGUAAUCGAUGUAAUAAAUGAUGAUUUACUAUGUAGUGGUAUAACUACACGCUUAAAACAAAAUGGUACACGUCAAACAUCAAGUUUGUCUAUAGGACAAAAUAAAAAUUCAUGUGCAAUACAAAAUAAUCCAAGUGAACAACACCAACAGUGUGAUGAAGAAAACAACGAAUCAAUACCUGGAACUGUCUUCACAAACUCCGCAUCUAGUAAUAAUUUAUGUACAGAUAAUUAUCAUCAGAAAUCGUGUACGACGACUACAACUACUACCACUACAGUCCUUAUUGAUGAAAACUCCAUAGUUGAAGGUAAUGUAUUAUCUUCAACCUUAUCGUCAGCCACAUUAGCAACAUCUUGUUCAUCGUGUGGUUCAUCGCCUCAAUCAUCGAAUUCAUCACGAUCAACUAAUCAUCUAUCUAUUCCUUAUGGUAGUAGUCGUAGUACUAGUAGAAAGACAAGUCGUCAAAUGAAAACAAAUGACGGAAAUACAACUACAAGUACCACUACUACUACUAGUAAGCGUUCAUUACGUCCACGUGUUUCACGUGAACAACAAAUCUCUUCCCAACAUGAUAUACAGAAUUCAACUGAUUCAGUUAGUGUAACAUCCGAGGAAACUGUAGAUACAAAUACAAGUGGAGCUGGUAGUGGUAGUGGCGUUGGCGGUAUAACAUUAAGGGAUAGGACAGUGAAGUCUUCACGCACAAACAAUAAUAAUAAUACAGAUUUGACAAAUGGUACUUCUACUGCCACUCCUACUACUAGUACUACUGCAAAUACAGAUACAUCUAAUUCAUCAACUACUCAACGAAUUCGUAAACGACGCCUUCUUUAAUGAUAUUUAUAAGUUUCUGCCACAAUCAUACUUUAUAUCAUCAUUGUCUUUCUAUAUAUAUAUAUAUACACCUAAUUAUGGAUGGAUGCUUUAUCAGUUGAACAAUUGUUGAAGUUGUUGUUAUUUUAAUUAUUGUAGUUCAUAUCUAUCUAUCUAUCUAUUAAUUUGUUUGUUUGUAUUUUUACACAAAUUGCAUCUUCUUGUACACAUGUAUCAAAGGUAUCCCCCUAAUAUCGAUUGUAAAGUAUCCUUCCCCUUUUUAUAUAAUAACUGCAAAAGAGGAAAGUUUUCAACAUUUUGUUAUUAUUAUGUAAUAUUAAGCAUGGCUACUACUAUUACUAUUAUUACUACUGCUAACUAGUAGAAUUUUAUUUCACUUGGGUUAUACACUCAUAUUUCUCUUCUUUUCUUCAGCGUUUUUACUUGUCUUGUUUUCAUUUCUUGUCGUGUACACAAAUGAAGUGUUGCUGUCGUUGUUGGCGUCUUUGUUGAGAUGGUAAGAAACCCAGUGUAAACCUUUUUAAUUUAGUCUUUCUUUUAGACUUUAUUCAUUCUUUGCUUGUAAUUUGUCGGUUUGCCUUUUUUAUGUUUAUCUAAGCGCAGUGGAGAAAGAGGGAAGGUGAAUAUAUAUUUUGUCAUAUGCGAAAUUGAAUAAAUUGAAUAUUUCGCGUGAACACUGUAAUAUAUUAUUAUUAUUAGUAGUAGUAGUAUUACUUUUUAAUUUCUCUUGACUCGAUCCAUCUUUAAGGGAUUAGUGCACGAUUAAGUGAUGUAUAAACCUGUGAAUAUGUACGUCUGUUGUACAGUGAGUAAAGUAUAUUAUAGUGAUAAGAUCAACAGUGGUUAUGCCAACAUCCACUGCGAGUGUAUUUCAGUUUAUUUUCGUUUGAUUGUUUUGUUUUCAUGUAAUAUCAAUAAAAACGCACAGUAAUAGUAUUAAUAGUAGUAGUAGUCGUCAAGGCCUCUUUUGUGAACAUAUAGUGUACAUAUAGCUAUUUAUCUAUCUAUCUAUCCAUCCAUCUAUCCAUAUAAAUGCAUUCAUUCAAUAUAUUUCAGUUAUCUGUCGGCUUUUUUUCUUUUUUUGAUUUUUCGUCUGCAACAUUACAACCAUAUUGUUGUAAUUUUAGAUUACUUGUGUAAAAAAAUGUUCUUCUUCGCCUAUAUUUUCUCUUCUUAAAAAUUACUGCUGCAAUAGGAAAUCGGUGUUUCUUUCCCCUCUGGCCCACUCCCUGACACCUUGUUGUAUAUUUUACAAUAAUGGAGGAUAAGUAAUCUUUUCAAAUUUCUCUUACAAGAGAAAUUGGGUGUUGUUCUUGCUUGUUGUUGUUGUUGUUGUUAAACCUUUUACUAGAGACAAAUAAAUAUUUUCUACAAAGUAUAAAUAAAUGAGAUUGAAUAUGAUAGACACUCCAAUGGACGAUUUGUUGUUGUCGUAUUUGUUUGCCCGCCCGCCCGCUUGUCUUUUUCAACAAGAAAAAGAAAAUUAAGCCUUUUAAUUUGAUGUGUUUGAUAAUCUUCUAUCCAUCAUCUUUAUGCAUUGGAUUUCUUUUAGUCAUUACAUGUGGAAGUGUUUUCUUCAGAGUUUCCGCGGGGCCCCACCAUCCAUCUCUCCUAUCUCUUUCUCCCGCCUUCUCUCUCUCUCUCUCCGUGUCUCCCUUUCAUCUCUUUAUCUUUUACACAUUGGAUACAAUAUGUUCUAUGAAUUCACCGCAUAUGUAAUAAUGAUAAUUAUAAUAGUAAUUGUAGUAGUAAUCAAGUAAUCGAAUUGUAUUCAGAUUAGUAAAGAAAAGAGAUCAGGUUGUUGCUUUUCUAUUGUAUUGUAUUGUCUUAUCUAUCUUAUACUUAUCAUUAUUAUUAUUAGUAGCAGUAAUAGCACUACAAUUACUGCUAUUAUUAUCAUUACUCUUGUAUUGUUAUUUACCGUUUAUUACUAUUGUUAUUGUAAUUACUGUAAUUGUAUCACUGCACCACUACAUAGUCCUAAUUUCCUUUGUUUGUUUUUUUGUCUAAUUAUAUACACACCUAUGUAUAUCUUUUGUUGAGAAUAGUGAUCAUAUAAUACUAUUAUUAUUAUUAUUAAAUUUGGAUUGUUCUUUUUGAUUUUAGUGAGAAUUCUAUCCCUCACUGAUGAUUAUCCUUAUUGUACAAGCCGGAAUUUCCUGUCCAUAAGCAUGCAUAUAAAUGCAUGUAUGUAUAUGUAUAUGUGAAAAGACUGAUGAGGGGUUUUAUGCAUUAUCGUUAUGUUUCCUUGUUUGUUUUUUUUUCAUUUUUGUUUCAUAUUUUCUUUUCUUUUUUCUCUCUCCUUCUUUUUAUCAGAAUUUGAAAAAAAAGCAGCAAAAAUUCAACUGUG